AUGGGGAAGAAAAGGGGUUUGCCAAUUGGGUUGCUGAUGGGUGGAAGGUGGAGGUUAGAACACUCAAGAAAAGAAAGAAAAGGUGUCCCUGCUUUCUUGUUCAUUCCUCUUUUCUUAAUCUUACCUUUGUUUUUGUUUUUGUUGUAUUUUGCUUUUGAGAUGAUUAAGAUUGGUCCUAGUUCUGAUAAAAAAUUGAUCUUAUAUUUAUCUUUUGAAAUUAACAACAUUAGGGCCUCCUCUGUUGCAAUAGAUGGCCUAUUUGCUACAACAUAUGGGUUAUUUGUUGCAACAAGUGAAUUAUCUGUAGAUUAUUAUAAAAUGGCUUCCAAAAGAAAAACAAGUGAAUCAGUCUCUAAUAAAUCAAGAAAAGUAGCUAAAGUACAAACACCAUUAGAAGAACUUGUUGUACAGAAACAGCAUGAAAUUAUGGAAAUUGAAGGUGAAAAAGAAAGUGAGGAAGGAGAUGAAAAUGAAAGUGAGGAAGGAGAUGAUAUUGAAAGUGAGGAAGGAGAUGAAGAUGUUGUCAAAACUUUUAAUAUUGACAAGUUCCAAGUAGAGAUGCCUAUAGAUAACCCUACAAAUUUGACAGGUGAUUUUGUUGUAAAAUCAGCCAUGGGCGCCAAAUUUGAUGCUUUUAGAACGAUAUUGAUGAAUGAAAGGUUGGAGGAUUUCUUCAAGUCUAGUUGUUUUGGAUACUUUCUUGAUAUGUCGGAGGCUAACAAUGCACGUUUUCAAAUGAGCAUGGUAUAUGAUCUUCUCAAGCGCGAGAUCAAGUAUAAGGGAGAUGGUGAUGAUGCUUUGGAGGAUAAGAACAAGAAAAUGGAUGAGAUUUGGAUAAACUGCUGUGGCAUGCCAGUUUGUUUUGGCAUGAAAAAAUUUGUCAUAGUGACUGGACUGAUAUGUCAUCCUCCUUCUGAACCACUUCCUAAAGUUGCACGCUUAAGAAAGCCAAGAGAAAAAAAGAUAUUUAAAUCAGUCAAGGUUGGUAAGAAAGAUGACAUAUCUGCUGCAACAGAUGAGUCAUCUGUUAUAAGAAAACUUGAUCAUUUGCUACUGGUUUGCUUUCUUCCAAUAGAUGGCCCAUCUGUUGCAACAGAUGAGUCAUCUAACUGUAUUUUCAUACUACUCCUUACUCUCUGCAUAUCUUUCUUACUCAAAUCCCUCUUUAAUCUUGUAUUUUUCAUAUCUGCUAACUCCAAAUCCAAGAAGAAACUCCCACCGGGACCCUACAUUUUUCUGGUGAUCGGAAGCUUAUUAUGGUCCACCGCCAAAUUAGAACCCACACUCCGUGUACUCAAGGCUAAGUAUGGUCCUCUGAUAACCCUCAAUAUUGGGUCUCGUCCCACCAUAUACAUAGGUAGUCACUCUUUAGCCUACCAAGCUUUAGUCCAGCAAGGCUCUAUUUUCUCCGACCGGCCAACGGCUGAAUCUAGUAACCAGCGCAUCAUCAGCUCCGCCCCUUACGACCCAAUAUGGCGUCUUCUCCGUCGAAACUUAACUUCAGAAAUACUCCAUCCUUCUCGCUUCAAGUCCUAUUCCAAGGCCAGAUCGUGGGUGCUGGGUAUCCUCCUUCAACAGAUCCGUCACGCCCAAGUGGAUUCCGUGAAGUUAAUUGAUCAUUUUCAGUAUGCUAUGUUCUGUCUUCUUGUAUUGAUGUGUUUUGGGGAUAAACUUGAGGAACCUCAAAUCAAGCAAAUUGAAAAUAUGCAAAAUAACUUGGUCCUGGGUUUCCGACGAUACAAACAUAUACUGAAAUUCUUUCCCAGAGUUGGAAAAAUAAUAUUGAGAAAUCGCUGGAAGGAACUCAUUGAACUACAACGAGAGCAAAGGAAUAUCAUCAUUCGUUUGAUUGAAGCUCGACGCAGGGCCAAAGAACAAAAGACCGAGCACGGUGAUGAGUUAGUAGUGGCUUAUGUGGAUACGCUGUUGAAUUUGGAAUUGCCAGAGGAAAAAAGGAACCUCAAUGUUGGAGAAAUCGUAGCCCUCUGCAGUGAAUUCCUAAGCGCCGGAGCUGAUACGACGUCCACUGCCUUACAGUGGAUUAUGGCCAACUUGGUCAAAAACCCUUCCAUUCAGGAAAAACUAUACCGAGAAAUUGCCAGUGUAGUGGGAGAAAAACAGAGCAAGUUUAGUACAGACGAAGAGGCGGUGAAAGAGGAAGAUUUGCAGAAAAUACCCUACUUGAAAGCAGUGAUAUUAGAAGGUCUUAGGCGUAACCCACCCGGUCACUUUGUGCUGCCACACACAGCAACGGAGGAAGUUGAACUGAACGGCUACGUCAUUCCAAAGGAUACCACCAUCAAUUUCAUGGUUGGGGAGAUGGGUUUAGACCCAAAUGUAUGGGAGGAUCCAAUGGAGUUUAGGCCAGAGAGGUUCUUAAUGGAAGGAUCAGAUAAGGGAGUUGAUUUCGAUAUAACAGGAAGUAAAGAUAUCAAGAUGAUGCCAUUUGGGGCAGGGAGGAGAAUAUGUCCUGCCUUUGCAUUGGCUAUGUUUCACUUGGAAUACUUUGUCGCUAAUUUGAUUUGGCAUUUUCAAUGGAAUCCUGUGGAAGGAGAUGAUGUUGAUCUCUCGGAGAAGCAUGAAUUCGCCACUGUGAUGAAGAAUCCACUACGAGCUCGUAUCUAUUCUAGAGUUAACUCUGUUUAAAUUUCGUAAUUGCUUCUUUUUAUUUUCAUCUUCCAUAACAUUGUUUCACGAUUUGCUGAAAAAUCAAAUAAAACCAAUUGAUAGUA